AUGUUUCGGGCUACCUCUCCUCUUCUGCGAUGUCGGAUUACUUUCUUCACCCGAAGUCCUUGCGGGCUGUGUGACACCGCAAAGGCUGUAGUCCACAAUGUCAAUACAAAGAGACCCCUCGAAUAUCGAGAAAUUAAUGUCAUGGAGCCAGGGCAGGAAAAGUGGAGAGGCGUGUACGAGUUUGACACUCCAGUCAUCCACGUCGACAAGGCAGAAGCUGCAGAAACUACAACUUCAUCGCUGAAGCUCAUGCACCGGUUCAAAGAAGAGGAUGUUAUGAAGGCCAUGGACAAAGCUGAGCAAUUAUGA